GCGCGGAGUUCGCUCUCCUGAAAAGCAGAGGCGCGCGCGCCGGGGCGCAGCCGCCACCUCGGUCUCCCAGCCGCCGCGCGAGGGACGCUGCGCGUCUGCCCGGUCGCCUGGCCCUGCUCCGAAGUGGCGGGAAGGCGCCGCGGCGGGCGGAAGAGACGCUGCCUGUGGGGUUGCUGCGUUGUUGUUUUUUGGCGCGCGUUUUGGCAAGGCGCCGCUUCCGACGGGGAGACGGGAUAAAAGAAGGAGGCUGGUGUCCCCGGGUCGCCCUCGUGCCAGCCUUCCAGAGAAGGAAGCAAGGGACUAUUCGCAGGAAGGCUUCAGGAGGAGCGGCAGGGCUGAGUCUUCAAUCAAAUAUUUGUUUGCCUGGUUCAAGAUGUGAACUGUUCACCCAUCCACAAUGCUCACAGAUUACGAUUUAAUUCCAGCUCUAGCAUUUUCUCGGACAGACUAGCAGAUGGUACGUGAACAGUAUACUACAACAACACCAGGUACUAACCUACAGAGACCAGAAACGCAAUAUGUCUACAACGUUGGCAUCUACGGUUGGAGGAAGCGCUGCCUUUAUCUCUUCGUCCUCCUCCUCAUCAUCAUCCUAGUUGUGGAUCUUGCUCUGACCAUUUGGAUUCUUAAAGUGAUGUGGUUUUCUCCAAUUGGAAUGGGAUACCUUUAUGUUCAAAGCGAAGGACUUCGGCUAGAACGGGAGUCAGAAUUUUUAUAUCCUUUAUAUGCCAAAGAAGUUCACUCUAGAAAGGACUCAUCUCUGCUUUUGCAAUCCACUCAUAAUGUGACUCUAAAUGCACGCAAUCCUGAUGGGAACGUCACAGGCAGAUUAAGUGUGGGUCCAGACAUGGUACAAUUUGAUGGUCAGGAAUUUCAGAUCAAGUCCAUGAAUCUGGAUGGAAAGCCUCUGUUUACAGUGGAUGAAGAUGAAGUUGCAAUUGGUACAGACAGACUUCGAGUCACAGGGCCAGAAGGAGCUCUUUGUGAACAUUCUAUAGAAACACCACUCAUUAAAGGUGUUAGAGGUCUUGACAACGCGAAAGAGCUGAGGCUUGAAUCGCCAACUCGGUCUCUCACCAUGGAUGCUCCACGAGGGAUUAAUAUUAAAGCCGAAAGUGGGACUAUUACGGCUCUUUCUCAUCUGGAUAUCAAGUUGCAGAGCAGCGAUAGCAUGCUUAUGCUAAAUGCUGGACUGCGGCUGCCCAAAUUGCCUCAAGGAACAAGCGGAGAUUCUGAGAUAUCCUUUGGGCUCUAUGAAGUCUGUGUUUGCACAGAUGGAAAGUUGUACUUGGCAGUGGCUGAUGUCGUUUCCACUUGCCUGUAUUAUAGUCAGGCUUGCGAGAUGAGCAGCUAACACCCCACACUGCGUGCUCCCAGCCUGCUGCUAUUUUCAGGUGGGAUUCAGUCACAUACAGGCAAGCUCAGGUUUUGCAGUUCAAGUUGAUCUGGUGCCCUUGCAAACAUACCCAUUUCCCCAAAACUAUCAGACUUCUUGUGACAAGGAAAGCAAUGGGAAAAUGCAUUGGAAAGUGUGAGAUAACGCUUGCCGUAGCUUCGUAUAAUAUCCCCGCAAACAAAUCAGAAUGAAUGUCAAUAAACAGCUUGUCUGGACUACUUUCUUUGGCUGUUUUUAGUCAGGUUUUGUAGUAGCGUCUAGAGUCACUGAUGCUACUACACACAGCACAGAAAUGCAACUUAACAUUUACAUUUAAAAUCGAAAUGCAUCAAAUGGAGUUGUAUUCAGCAUAGAACUAAGGAGAGCAUUCCUCCAACCUUCCAGAGCAGAUGGGCAGUGCAGGUCACACAGGAGAGAGGGACAAAGUCCCAUUGGAAUAGCAUUAAUGCAAUGCAAAUGUUUAGCUGAACACCACCCAAAAUAUAUGGAAGCAGGUAUACCAAAAGUGUGCAGGGGGAGCUCUACAGCAGAAAUAGAGAACCCCAGGCCCAAGAAACAAAUACAGUGCCCCAGGCCUUUUGCUGGCCCCACUCCAUGUUCUUGAGAUCUUUUGCCUGGCUGAAAUGUGUCCUUGAACUGUGAUCAUGCCUUUUGCUUGUCUGUCUGGAUGGAGGGAUGUAUGGAUGGCUGAAAUGUAAUCUACUAUACAAAGGCCUGGACGGAGAGGAGUGGGUGGGUGGAUGCAGAGACCACUGUCGCAUGCAUAGUGGAAUGUACUGUAGCUUACUAUGCAAAGGAUAGGAGUCAGGCCCAUUGCUCUGCCCCGUUUCACCUCUGACCCCAUUCACCACUGGCAUGCAACCCCUGGAAGACUGCCCACAAAGCAAUAUGACUCUCAGAUUGAAAAAGGUUCUCUAACCCUGUUGUAAAUGCAGAAAGGGAAAGGCAGAUGAGCUGGACAGUUCUUCCCUGCACAAUUCCCCUUCUCUGUUACAGUACUCCAUAUGGUUUGGCCAUCUGAGGUCCCCUGCUCUGGCUUGCUUCAUGGGCCACAAAGGAAGAGAAGGUUAGCCCUGAGUACUCUUUCUAUCCAUUAGUCCCCAAAAAUACCUUCUACUCAUCCUUGUGAGGCAGUGCUCUCCGCAGCAUAUAAAAUGAAACACAGUAGCAAAUACAGGUUAAAAUUGAUUUAUCACAACACACAUGGAAUAGGCUUCUUUCAUAAUUCAGAUUUUGCAUCGACCCUGGAUUUGUGAACUUUAGAGGUUAAUAAACAUGCAUUUUUAAUGUU